GCAUGCAUCACCCUUCAUUGCAUAAAUGAAACUCCACAAAGCAGACACUUACCUGUUUCUUGGCUAUAAAACACAAGCCCUUCAAUUCCGAACAACCUCUUGAACUUGUCCAUUUGAACACUAAAACUUCUCUUCAUAAUCAAGAAAAACCAUCCAACCAAUAUCCAUGGCCUAUGGACGAAGUCCAACCAGCUCUUUCAUAGAAGGGUUCUCUCUAAGUCCUCUGCCAUAUCCAGUUCUGCUCAUUCUUGCUGUAAUCUCAAUCUUUUUUGGCAUAUCCUGGUACUCAUCCUAUGACUCAGCUGUGGAAGAAGCUGAAACGCAUUUCAGUUGGCUGCUUUUGUUUACAGCAAUAGCACUUCUGCUUCUUGUUAAGCUGCUGUCUUUUCUGGAUCCUGAUUGGUUCUUCUCCUUGUGUCCAUGGGGAAGCAACAGGAUAACCUAUCAUGAACCUUCAGAGGGAAGCUCACCAUGGGGUGUUGUUGCUGUCAUUGUGCUCAUGCUAGUUUUGCUGCAAUACCAGUCUAUUUUCCGGGACAGCUGGCACGUUAAAAAAUAAAAAAUAAAAAAAAAGUUGUGUGUAUAUGUAGUAGUUGUUGUAUAUAAUGGAAUAUGAUCUUCUACUUAUAAUUUCUGUACUGAUAUUGUGAAAUAUAUUUUACUCAUGUUUAUUUUCACAUCAA